AUGUGUCCCGAGCUGGACGAGGUCGUCAACAAGAAGGACGGCACGGGACGGACACCGCUGAUGCUGGCUGUGGAGAACGGCAGCGCGGAGCUGACGGGUGUGACCGGCGGCACCGACGGGUUCGUGACGGGAUACCCCCAGACGAGCGCGCAGGGUCCGCAGGUGGCCGCGGCCGGACAACAUCAGCUGGGCGCCUCAGGCUACCCGCCGUCUGCGGCGGCGCCGGGCCCGGCCGCCGCGCAGGGGAGCGGCUGCGGGUCGGCGGAGCCGGAGCUGACCUUCCUGGACAACCACCCUGACUGCGCGCUGGUCGGCACCGAGUUCAUGCUGCUGGUGAACGCCAGCUUCUCCAACUACUUCGUCUGCACCAUGUGCUUCCGCCGCAUGAACGACGAGGCGGAGGCGAUCGCCCACCUGCAGACGCCGUUCCACCGCACCAUGUACCUGGAGCGCUACUUCCCGCGCGCCUUCAAGCGGCUGGGCGAGGGCCUGACGAGCAGCCAGCGGCCCUGGACGGCCGCCACCUUCCAGCAGCUGGAGGUCAUCUGCACCCGCAUCCAGGAGCGCUACGGCCGCAUGGCGCCCGGCAUCGUGGACGAGGCCAAGUUCCUGACCGAUGCUCUGUCGCUCAAGCGCAUCAUCGACGAGCGCUCCCACUUCUAUGAGACGCACGACAUCAGCUACUUCGAUCUGCCUUACCCGUUUUUUGGUCCGGCGCUGACGCCCGAACAGAUGCCUCGCCUCAACGUUGGCACCGUGCAGACGAUGACGUCCUGUGCCGCGGGCGGCGCUGCACCGCCGAGCGCGACGGCUCCUCCGACGGCGGCACCUGCGAUGGCGGGACCUCCGAUGGCGGGGCCUCCGAUGGCGGGGCCGCCGCCGAUGACGGUACCGCCGCCGGUGGCGGGGCUCGGCGCGACGGGCGUUCCUCCGUCGGUGGAUGAGGCGCUGGGCUCGCUGCACCUGCCGCCGCCGGGCCUGACGCACGGGCCCGUGCACAUGUGGCCCACCCAGCCGCCACCGGCUGCCGCCGCCGCCACCCUCCCCUCCGAGCCGCAGGACUACCGCGACAACGGAAAGACCCACGAGCAGGUGGAGCGGGAGAAGAAGAUCAUCGAGUCCGAGAUCAAGAGGUGGCGGGAGGAGACAGCCACAGCGUCGACGGUGAUCGAGAAGAAGACUAUCGCCGACAUUAACCUCAGGCCCAAAGACCCCAUCGAGGCAAGAUAUUACGAGGCUGCCAAAAGGAAGGCCAAGGAAAUGGAAGAGAAAGAGGAAGGCAAAAACAAGACGGAGAAGAAGGGCAAGUCCGAAGGAAAGCAUGAUGAGAAGAAAGGAAAAACCGACAUCAAGCAGGAUGAAAAGAGCAAAGAAGAACCCAAGAAGUCCUCAAGGGAGGCGGAAAAUAAAGAAAGCAAGCAGGCACGCAGCAAAAAGGAAACACCGGACAGCAAGGAAACGAAAGAGAACAAGCUUCCGAAAACAAAUGAAGUCAACCCUAAAAAAUCUGCCAUUGAGAAAGGCGGCGUGCCGGCCGGGGGUGACCAGAUUGCCGUGAUGGAGCUCAUCACCUCGGACGAGGACAGCGACCAGAUGAACAUUCCUGACGAAGUUGAGCCGAAGAAGGUGGUGCGGCGCCGGCCGGGCUCCCGCGAGCGGCGCCACUCACCGCCGCCGACCACCGCCUGGCGCGACCGCUGGCGACGCUCGCCCUCCCGCGAGCUGCAGCUGGCCAGCCGGCACCACUGGGUGCGCUCGCGGUCGCGCUCGCGCGAACGCGGCCGCCGCCUGGCCGAGCGCGGUCGUCGCUCGCGCGAGCGCUCGCGAGAGCGCUCGCGCCACACGCGCUCUCGCUCGCGGGAGCGAGCUGACUCGCCGCCGGGGCGCGGCCGCGGCUCGUCGGCGUCAUAUUCUGAGCUGCGAGAGCGGCGAUUCAAGUUCGAGCGUCUGGAGAAGAACCUGCUGGGCCGGCUGGCCACCAAGAAGGCGGUAUUCGACCGGCGGCCGGAGGAUCACCCCGACUACGCGGCCGAGUGGAAGAAGUUCUGGGAGCGGCGCUACAAGGAGGUGCAGCGUGAGGGCAAGAACCCUGACACGUACGAGUACACACCCGAGUGGAAGACCGCCUGGGAAGAGUACAUUGACGAGCUGUUCGUGCGCGAGCGCCACGAGAAGCGCCAGGAGCUGCUGGCCCAGUACGACUUGAUCGAAGACGAGGACGGCGCGCUGGUGGACGCGCUGGGCGCGGCGCGGCGGGCCGACAGCCCGUGGGAGUCCGGCCGCAGCCGCGGGCGCUCGGCCUCCACCGAGAUCGACCACCGUCAGCUCUCCUGCAACCCGUCACCGCCGGGAGCGAUGACGCUGGAGCGUCCCGACACGGGUGUGUCGACGCUGUCGGCCUCGUCGGCGGGCGAGGCGGCGCGUGCGAUGGCGCGGCCCACCAAGGUGGACCUGCCGUCGGUGCUGCGCGUGCUGACGGCGCUCGAGGAUCAGCUGGGCUCGUUCGCCGGCCCAACCAACGCGCUGCUGACGCAAGCGGUGGCUGCCGAGCGGCUGCAGCCGGGCAGCUCUGUCCAGCUGAUCGCCGUCACCAACAACGUACUGCUCAUGGACACGCUCAAGGAGAAGCUGAAGGGCCAGAUUGCGGCCGGCAUCCUCGCGCCGGCCAAUGUCAGCGCCUCGCGCCUGGCCAUCGACCAGAUCGCCAUGCUGCUGCAGGACGUGCCGGCGCACGUGUUCGAGCCGCCGCUGACCGCGCAGCAGCUGGCCGACCGCGUGGCCGGCUCGGUGUCCAGCAACGACCCGAUGGUCAUUUCGCAGCAAAUCGCCGUCACACUGACCAGCCUCGGCCGCACGAACGUGUCCGAGGCGGAGCUGAACGAGAUUCUCAUCAAGGUGAUGAUCGCCAAGGGGCUGCUGCCGAGCGAGCCGCCGGCGCCGGCGGCGGCUCCGCCCGCGUCGGCCGCUCCUGUGCCGGCUGCCGUGCCGCCCGUCGCGGCCACGCCGCCAAUCGCCACGCCACUGGUCGCCACGCCACCGGUUGCCGCGCCUCCACUGCCCGCCUCCGCCCCCGGCCGGCCUGUCAGCUCGUUCGUGAACACGUUCGCGCCGGCGAGCGCGGCGCAGCCGGCGGUGUCGGCGGCGCCCUUCUCCGGUCCCCUGACGUCGGGCGCUCCGCUCAUGGCGCCCCGCGCGACGCCGCUGUUCAACGCCUACGCCGACGACCGGGCACGGCAGCCGCAGCACGGUCUGGGCAUGCUGCAGUCGGCGUACGACGACGACGAGCUGCAGGCGGAGGCGCCGCCGCCGGCGCGCGAGUACCGCGAGCCGGUCACCAACCCGCCAGCGCCGGAGGCUGACGACGAGCUGAGUGCCGAGCAGAUCCACGCGCUGCUCAACAACUUCGAUACGCUGAGUCGGCCCGAGCAGGAGCAGCUGAUGGAGUACCUGAAGAAGCUGGAGCGCGAGAAGAACGACAAAGUGGAGCAGCUCAAGGUGUUGCUGGCGCGUGACCCGAUCAAGACGCCGGCGCAAAAGAGGCCUCCGGAGACCACGCCGAACGGCUCCGGCGGCGCGGAGGAGGCCGGUCGGACGAGCGCGCCGCCAGCGCCGCUCACCGUCUCGAGCGCGCCACCCGUCACCACUUCGGCGCCGCCGCCGCCGUCGUCGGCCGGCGCUGUCAAGCCCCAGUCGAUGGAUCUGAGCAAGCUGCUCUCCAAAGAAGCGAUCGAGACGGCGCUGCAGAUCGCUAAGCAGCUGCAGACGGGCGCUCUGAAGGCGACGUCGCCGAGUGGGCCGGCAGCGGCUGCCGCGCCGCCGGCCGUCUCAGCGCCGCCGCCGGCCACCACUUACCCCGUGCCGAACGUGGUGAGCCAUGAACGUGGCGUGCCGCCCGUGAAUUCUCAGGGCUCGGGUGACUCGCCCAACUCGGACCAUGCGCCGGCGUUUUCCACGCCGUCGCGGUGGGCGCACCACAAGCAGCAGAGGCCUCGGCCGCCGCUGCCGGCCGCGGCCGGCCAGUACGACCAAUACAACCAGUACCACCAGUACAACCGGGGGCAGCUGGGCGGCUACGCGACCGACGCGGUCGCCGGCUACCAGCAGGACUUCGCCUCGGUCGAAGGCUACGGAAAGGGCCAUGGCUACUCGACCGGCGGCCAGCAGUACGAGCAGCAGGAGGCGGAAGAGGAGUACGUCCAGGAGGCAUACGCCGACGAGGAGGAUUACAACGAGGAGAACGACUACGAGAACUACGCCAACAAGUACAUUGACGAGGAGGACGUCGCCGCCGACCCGUAA